AUGAAUAAAUUGACCACGAUGAGAGCAGCUGUAAUUAACAAAUUCGGACCGGCAGAGAAUAUUGAGAUAUGUAGCAACGUUGCUAUCCCAAAAAUCACAGAACCGAACCAAAUUCUGAUAAAAGUCGAAGCAAGUGGUGUUAACCCAGUGGACACCUACAUCAGAUCGGGCAACUAUAAUAAGCUUCCUCAACUACCUUAUACUCCUGGAAGAGAUGGAGCUGGAGUCGUAAACCAGGUCGGAAGUGCAGUGACCAAAGUUAGACCAGGAGAUCGCGUUUGGUUCACACUGCCCACCACUGGUUCCGCAGCAGAGUAUGCUCUUACGUCCAGUAAUGUUUUUUGUUUACCUGAUUGUCUCACGUUUGCGGAGGGUUCUCGCUUAGGAAUCCCGUUCAUGACGGCCUAUAGAGCGCUGGUAUUACGUGGUCAAGCUAAGAAAGGAGACAAAAUUCUCAUCCAUGGUGCAUCAGGAUCUGUUGGAGUAGCCGCAGUGCAAUUAGCCAAUAUGUAUGGCAUGAUUGUGGUGGGAACGGCUGGGUCAGGAGAUGGCCUAAACUUAGUUAAAAAACUAGGAGCCCAAAAUGUUUUCAACCAUCGGAGUGGAAGUUACGUAAAUGAGAUUAAAGAAAAAUAUCCUGAAGGGUUCGAUCUAAUAUUGGAAAUGGCUGCACACAUUAACUUGUCCCACGACUUAGGGUUAUUGAAGAAAAAUGGAAGAAUAGGCGUUAUCGGUUGCCGAGGUGAUGUCAAUAUAAGUCCUAGGCAACUGAUGUCGUCAGAGACAACGAUAUUUGGAGUGAUGUUGGGCCAUUCAACGCCAGAAGAAUUUGAACAAAUGGGUUUGGAAAUCACAAGUCUAUUGAAUAGCGAAUGUAAACCUCUAGUGAGCAGAGUAUAUGCCUUGGAUGAGAUAUCAAAAGCCCAUGAACAUAUCAUAAACAACGAUACUACUUUAGGUAGCAUUACUCUUGAGCUACGAUGA